CACAUCAGACCAGACUCGUAACGUUUGACGACCCCUUUAACACGCUCCACGUUAUUAUGCAGCGAUAUCACCUCGGCAGCGGUAUCUAUACACAGUAUUCAUAUUAUAAAUUGCAUACAAACCGAUUCAGUUGAAUACAAAAAUGGCUAUAAUCAGCCAUCGUCAAUAAAUGCAGUAGUCACUACAGUGGCUGCAGCCCAUCCCAAAUGCUCAUAGAUACUUGAUAGUAUAUGAGUAUAUGAGUUAAUAAAUAUUAAUUUAUAACACAAGAAAUAUUUAUAGAUUGACAUCAUCUACUGCUAUGGCGAUUUGAAAAAAUAAACAUAAUAUGACAUUUUGUAGAAUUCAAUUUUCCAAGACUUAACGGCAGGACUAAUAGUUCAUUAUUUGUGCAAAUAUAUAUACAAUCGAUCCAAACAAUGUUGUCAGAUUGUACUAUUUCAAGUGACAUCAAAUGCAAUUAAGAUUAAAUAUCGAUCAAAUAUGGAAUACCUAACUUUUACCAUACUUUCAUCUAUACUGGUUAUAAUUAUAGUGAUAUUAAUACUUAAAAGCAGACGUGAUAGAAUAUUAGCCAAUCGAAUACCAGGGCCAAAUGGAUGGUUUCUUAUUGGUAUGUUACCGUUGUUCUUACAAGAACCAGAAAAAUUAAUCAAAAAUUUACUAAGAGAAUACCGAAUGUAUGAAAAAUUUAUAAUUAAAUUCUGGCUUUUUAAUAAUUUAUAUAUUGUACUUACGAGACUUGAAGAUAUAAAAUUAGUUCUUAGCAAUCCAAAAUGUUUAAGAAAAUCGAAAGAUUAUAUGGUUUUACAAGAAUCCAUCAUGGGCCAAGGAAUAUUUUCCAUUGACGACAUUGAAAAAUGGAAAAAUAACAGAAAAAUAGUGAUUAGAGGUUUUAGUUUUUCGUCAAUAAAUUCAUUUAUACCAAUAUUUUACCAAGAAGCAAACGUACUUGCCGAAAUACUUCAAGAAAAGUGUAUCUUAAAAUCAAAUGAAUGUAAUAUUAGUGGUCCUGUUAGUAUGGCCACAAUGGAAAUGAUCGGAAAAACAGCUUUAGGUGUAACAUUUAAUGCUCAAACAGGCGGCUGCAAUCAAUUUGUUGAACAUCUACAAACUGCAAUGCAUGCAUGGGAGUAUAGAAUUACACACCCGUGGUACUUAAACAACACAUUAUUUCGAUUUUCAUCAGUGAAACGUAAACACGAUCAAAGUCAAAAAAUCAUAAACGAAUUUACAGAUGAAAUCAUAAAAAAAAAAAUUAUUGAAUUUACCCAAAAAAUAGAUAAUAUUGAUAUAAAAAUAGAAAAAGAAGAUGAAGACUGUUGCCCAAAACCAAAAACCGUUUUAGAAAUUCUUUUAAGAAGCUCUCAUAAAAUGGACCACAAACAAAUACGAGACGAAAUUGUUACAGUUAUGAUUGGAGGACAAGAAACAACCACAAUGGCGAUUACUUGUAUUAUUUUCAUGUUAGCUCAUCAUCAGGACGUACAAAAUAAGGUAUUUGAAGAAUUACAAUCAAUAUUUUUAAAUGGAGAUCAUAAUAGAACACCUACUUAUAGAGAUUUUCAACAAAUGAAAUACGUCGAAAUGGUAAUCAAAGAGACAUUGCGACUUUUCCCUCCAUUGCCAUUUCUCGGCAGAAGAUUAAAUGAAGAUAUAAAAAUAGGAGAAUACAUGUGCCCAGCUGGUGCUGCGCUAAUUAUUUGCCCAAUAUUUUUACAAUCGAGUCCAUUGUAUUAUACAGAUUCAGAAAAGUUUAACCCGGAUAACUUCUUGCCCGACGUUUGUGGUAGUCGACAUUCGUAUGCAUAUAUUCCAUUCGGUGCAGGGUUUAGAAAUUGUAUCGGGAUCAAAUAUGCUAUGCUUCAAAUAAAAACUGUAAUUUCCACACUAGUGAGAAAAAUAAAAUUUUUCCCGUCUGACAGAUGUCCUACACCAGAAGACCUAAGAUUAAUGUUUUUAAUGACACUUAAAUUAGUUGAUGGUUGCUACGUUAAAGUCGAACCACGAACGUGA